AUGAAGCUCGGUCAAAUUCUCACCGGGGUUGCAUUGGGCUUGCUACCUGUGCAGGCUGUGGCUCGCGCCCUGGGUGGUAAGCCUAGCGACUUCAUCAUCGCGGAACGUGCACCGCUUCAAGAUAUUGUCACUUGGGAUGAGCAUUCACUGUUCGUUCAUGGUGAGCGCAUCAUCUUUUGGGGUGGUGAGGUGCACCCCUUCAGACUUCCGGUUCCAAGCCUAUGGCUAGACGUGUUCCAGAAGAUCAAGGCGCUCGGGUACAACGGCGUAUCUAUCUACACACCUUGGGUCCUCCAUGAGCCCAAACCAGGGUCAUUCCAAGCUGAAGGUGUCUUCGAUUACGGACCAUUCUUUGAGGCUGCGAAGAAAGUCGGUGUGUACCUUGUUGCACGACCUGGUCCAUACAUCAACGCUGAAGUGUCGGGUGGAGGUUUCCCAGGCUGGCUGCAGAGGAUCUCUGGAAACCUGCGAACACCAGAUGCCGACUAUCAACAAGCCUCGAGGAAUUACAUCGAACACAUUACACCAAUAAUCGCGAAAGCUCAAAUCACUAAUGGGGGGCCCGUGAUCCUGUUUCAGCCCGAGAAUGAGUACAGUGCGGGCCUCAACAACGUAACCUUUCCGGAUGCUGACUACAUGAAUCAUCUGAUGAAGCAGUUUCGAGACCUUGGCAUAGUCGUACCUCUCAUCAACAACGUCGCAUGGCCGAGCGGUAUCAAUGCGCCAGGCACUGAUGCGCCGGUCGAUAUCUACGGUCAUGAUGCGUAUCCUCUUGGCAUGAACUGUACUGAUCCUACAUACUGGAUUGAUGAUGCGUUGCCAGCCAAUUGGCGGGAGACUCAUCUUGAGCAGAGUCCGAGCACGCCUUACAUGCUCGUAGAGUACCAAGGCGGAGCUUAUCAACCAUGGGGUGGAGAUGGCUUUGAGAAGUGCGCCGAGUUCACAAACCAUGAGUUCGAGCGCGUGUUCUACAAGAACAAUAUAGCUGCUGGCGCCACGAUAUUCAACGUCUACAUGACUUAUGGCGGCACGAAUUGGGGCAACCUAGGUCACGCAGGCGGCUACACUUCCUACGACUACGGCGCAGCCAUCACAGAAGAGCGCCAAGUACACCGUGAGAAGUACGGCGAGGCAAAACUGAUCGCCAACCUCGUGCACGCAUCACCAGCUCUGGCUAGCGCAGUAUCGGGCUACAAUACUUCGGGAGUUUACACCGAUUCUAAAGAGAUCACCACUACACCACUAUUCGGGAACACGACAAACUUCUACAUCAUGCGUCAGACCAAGUACAACAGCUUGGCGUCGACCUCGUAUAAGCUCAAGGUUCAGACCAGUGCCGGGAAUCUCACCAUUCCGCAGCUCGGUGGACAGCUCUCAAUCAAUGGCCGUGACAGCAAGAUUCACGUGACCGACUAUGAUGUUGGUGGCUUCAACCUGCUCUACUCAACAGCCGAGAUCUUCACGUGGAAGAAGUACGGCAGCAGACGCAUUGUCGUAGUCUAUGGAGGCCCCAACGAGCAGCACGAGCUUGCUGUGUCCAAGACAAGCGGCGCAACAGCUGUCGAAGGCUCUGGCGUCAAAUUUGCCAAUCGCAACGGCAACAGCAUCCUCAAUUGGCAGACAGACGCGAAGCGCCGCGUUGUACGCAUAGGUUCAGAUUUAUAUAUCGUCAUCGUCUCGCGGAACGAAGCGUACAACUACUGGACCGUAAGCACCUUACCCGCAGGCAGCGCAUACUCACACGACUACACACCGUCAUCCGACCUCAUUGUGCAUGCCGGCUAUCUAGUCCGCAGCGCCUCGAUCUCAAGCGGCAAGAUCGACCUCAUCGGCGACAUAAACGCAACCACCACCAUCGAAGUCAUCGGCGGCGCGCACGAGGACAUCAAUAGCCUAUCCUGGAAUGGUAAAGACCUCGCCUCAAAGCGCGACCACAACGGCUUCCUUAGCGGCAGCGUCUCCUUCUCAGCCCCUGAGAUCGAAAUCCCAGACCUCGAGUCGCUGACAUGGAAGUCCAUCGAUGCGCUGCCCGAGCUGCAGCCCAACUACGACGACUCCGCCUGGACCGACGCCGAUCACACCGAGACGAACAAUACGUACUGGAAACUCACCACCCCGACUGUGCUCUGGGGUGCUGAGUAUGGAUACAACACAGGAUCGCUGCUCUUCCGCGGUCACUUCACUGCAACAGGUAACGAGACCGUUUUGCACCUCAAUGUAUCUGGUGGAUCUGCGUUCGCGUUCUCCGCGUGGGUGAACUCGACGUUCCUUUCGUCCUGGACUGGGAUCGGCGACGCCGCGAUCGCGAACCAGACGUUGUUGCUUCCGAAACUGCAGCAUGGUCGUGAUUACGUUCUGACCGUGCUUGUCGACCAUAUGGGCCAUAACGGAAACUGGUUCGUUGGAUACAACGAAAUGAAGACUCCCCGCGGGAUCCUGGGCUACUCCUUCCCCAGCCACACUCUUCCAUCAUUCAGCUCAAACUCAUCCCGUGCCGACGACGGCAUCCGCUGGAAAAUCACUGGCAACCUUGGCGGCGAAGACUACCGCGGCGGUCCACGCGGUCCUCUAAAUGAAGGCGCUUUGUACCCCGAACGUAACGGAUUUCACCUCCCCUCCGCACCAACAGAGUCUUGGCCCAGCGAUGUCGGGCCUGCAUCCGGGUUGAGCAAGCCUGGUGUGCGCUUCUACCAGACUACGUUCGAGCUCAAUAUACCUAAGGGGUGGGAUGUACCCCUGUCUUUCGUAUUCAAUGGCGAUAAGUUCACGGGCAAGGGGCGGGGAUGGCGCGCUCAGCUGUGGGUUAAUGGGUAUCAGUUUGGCAAGUUCGCGAAUGGAAUCGGGCCGCAGCGAAGGUUCCCUGUGCCGGAAGGCAUUUUCAACUAUCACGGUGAGAACACUGUGGCCAUCAGCGUCUGGGCGCUUGAGGAGGGUGGCGCGACGCCAAAGAGUAUCGAGCUUGUCGCUGGUAUGGCUGUGCAGUCUGGAUAUGGCGAUAUCGCUCUCUCACCGAUGACGGGCUGGGAGAAACGAGAAGGGGCGUACUGAGCUCAGUCAACAUAUCUGUUCUCAGCGUACUAAGGAG